AUGCACCCGGAGCUCCGCCGGUGGAGCUUCCGAGGCUGGCUCCGAGCCAACGGGCACGACCCGAACCUUGAGCAGUACACUCAGGAGAAACUCGCUCUCUUCUCGUCCUAUGUGGGGGAGGUGAGACUUGCCCUCUUCUUGUCCUAUGUGGGGGAGGUGAGACUUGCCCUCUUCUUGUCCUAUGUGGGGGAGGUGAGACUUGCCCUCUUCUCGUCCUAUGUGGGGGAGGUGAGACUUGCCCUCUUCUUGUCCUAUGUGGGGGAGGUGAGACUUGCCCUCUUCUUGUCCUAUGUGGGGGAGGUGAGACUUGCCCUCUUCUUGUCCUAUGUGGGGAAAUUGCCCUCUUUUUUUGGAAAUGAUCAUUAUUCCCCUCCUCCUGUUUCCAUCCUCCUCUCUUCCCUCCAUCUCCCUCCCUCUCCUCUCCCUAUCUCCUUACAGGAGGUGCGAGUGAGAGUUGAAAGGUGUGACUCGAAGACGCGCUCUGUCUUUGUGACACAAAGGGGGGCGGAUCUGGAGGACGAGGAGAGGGUGGAGAGAAGGGAACAGCUGCAGGUGGACGGAGUCAACGUCAUGAUCCAUUAUGACAGUAUCCGGCAGCUGAAGCAAGGACCAGUGGACACGUGGCCCUUCCCCAUUGGCCAUCAAGCCAGAUGCAAGCGUUCGUAUUUGAGGCACCUCAAAAAUAGUCUCCCCCCUCCUCCCUCCCUCCCUCCUCCGCUCCCUCUGUCCCCCCCUCCUCCGCUCCCUGUCUCCCUCCUCCGCUCCCUCUGUCCCCUCCUCCGCUCCCUCUGUCUCCCCCCUCCUCCGCUCCUCUGUCUCCCCCUCCUCUCCGCUCCCUCUGUCUCCCCCCUCCUCCGCUCCUCUCCUUCAAACCCCUCAUGCACCGGCCAGUCUCUGCCAGUGCACGUGCUUCGCAGCAAGUCAGUCCAAAAGCGCCUGCUCGUUGCACUGGAGCCACCCUUUCCCAACCUCCCUUGUGUUUUUCCCCUCUCUCCCUUUCGUACCCUGCCCGCACCCGGCCAGUCCCUGCCAGUGCAUGUGCUUCGCAGAAAACCCGUCCAAAAGCGUCUUCUCAUUGCUCUGCAGCCACCCUUUCCCGUCCUCAUGCGUUCUUCCCCUCUCUUUUCCGUACCCUGCGCCCGCACACACCGGCCAGUCCCUGCCAUCCCUGCCAGUGCACUCCCUGCUAGUGCAUGUGCUUCGCAGCAAGCCGGUUCAAAAGCGCCUGCUCGUUGCACUGGAGCUGCCACAACUGAAGCAGCAGGGGCAGCAGCAGCAGCAGAAUCAGGGGAGCAGCAGCAACAGCAGGGGCGGGCGGGCAGUGGCGGCGGCAGGAGGCGCAUGAAGCUGCUGAGUCCGCUCCAAGCAUGCCGCUUCAGUUUGAGGCAGCAGCUGAGCUGGAAGCAGUGGCAGCCAGUCUCAGAGAGACACCUGGCAUAA